AUUAAGCGCUGACAUAGACUACUCAAUGUAUUGCUGAGAGGAAACAAAAAAUACCAUUCGCGAAAUCUCAAUGUUACAGUUUUCGAAAAGAAAAGCUCGCAACAGCUAAAUAGAUUGCUGGAAGUGCAUGGUUUCAACAGAAAGUUUCCAUUGCCUUUUACUUCUCAUAACCAUGACUACAGUGUGCUGUGUGUUACAAUGCAAAGACAGCAGGAACCUUCAGAGUAAGUGGAGCACAAGUAUGCCUACUGGGAGUAGCAUGCAGUCCUGGGAAUCCAGUGGCUUUGAAUUUACAUUAGAAUUCCCAUAAUGGAUUCCAGCAAAGCUUCAGAGGUAUCUGAAACAGUUUGAGAUUCUAUCAGAUGUGUUGAAAGACAAUAAAGUCUUUAUAACUCGAUAGGGCAUGACACAGUGGAGUGAUAGCACCUUUGCACAAAUGAACAUGAAAUGAUUUAAGCAUUUGGACCAAAUUGUUAAACAAAUUGUGAAGAAUUUGCCCAUGCUUUCGAUGAAUUGAGCAAUUGGAUUCGUGUGAAUGUAACUUUUACACUUCAUUGCAAUUGCCCACUAUGCAUCAACUAUUUAUUGUCGUGCUAGGGCAGAGGGAUUUAUCUCGUGCAGGAGAUCUUUUCUCACUGGAAGAUACUGAAAUUGAAGAUUGUCUAUCAGAAGCUCUUCAGCAAAUAAAGGAAAUAUCUUCUUCACCAGACUAUCUGAGGAAUGACAAUGAUCAGGCAGUGGUAGAAAUCUGCAUUACUCGAAUUACUACUGCUAUAAGGAAAACAAAAUCAAUUGAGAAGCAUGGGAAGGCUCUUGUAGAAUUGUGGGAAUCAUGCUUAGAACAUAAUCUGAAACCAGUCAGCAAGGAUGAAGAUACUCCGCAUGCUAAAAUUGUUUCUGAUAUAAUGAGUUGCAUCUUCCAACAGAAUUACAAUAAUCCAGCUGUAAUGGCUCUUGCUGUUCCAGUAGCAGUAAAGUUUCUGCAGAUGGACAACAAGGAACUCUCCCGAAACAUGUCAAACUACUUAGCACUUGCAGCUACUGGCAAACCAGAAAUCCUUGCAAAGCACACAGCGACCAUUGUUAACAAUAUACUUCAAGGGAAUUCUCUGUUGCUCCAUGUUUUACCUUCGGUAUAUGAGAAACAGCCUGAGCCAAUUAACAGCCACAUCACAGAGCUCGUCCAAUUGAUGCCACAACUGGAGCCAUCUGAGCAGCAGCACCUUCUCCGCCUUCUACAAGUAAUUACUAAGCAAUGUCCUCAGGAAGUUCAGAGGCCAUCAAGGAGUGCGACAAAAUCAUCUUUGCCAUCUUUGUUGAAGGUCUUAAAUGAAUCCAUUCCAACCUUGAUAACACAGCUGAAAGACCCUCUUUACAGUGAAUACAUCAUAAAUAUGUUGGUGGACCUUGCGGCUUUCCAUCAAUCUAUCCUAGAUAAUUCCAUUGAAAAUCUGAAGGAAAUUGCUGAAAAUUACCCAAAUCUAUUGGGCCAAAUUGCCAAGAUUUUUGGGAUCAUCGGCUGUAUUAAUGAGGAAAAGGCGAGGAGCUGUCUGGUUUAUCUGGUGACCCAGCUGGCAAACAUGGAACACUGUUUUCAUCACAUACUGCUCCUGGAGAUUAAAAAGAUCACUGACACAUUUGGCAACAUUCUAGGUGCUCAGAGCAAAGACAUUUAUUGUAUGAGUAACAGUUUUACCGCAAUUGCCAAACUUCUGGUCAAACAUCUUGAGAAAGACAUUGCUGCAUCUGAGAGAACAGAAACUAAUACUGUGAAAGAAGCUGCUGCUGACUCCUACAAUAAUGAAGCUAUGAUCAGUGGAACUCCAGGAGUUCAGACACUCCAGAUAAAGAGACGAGCAUUUGAGAGAAAGAUGACUAAUGAGGGCAAUAAUGCCAGCCGUGUUCGUCGGCACAGCUUAGGACAAGCAUCAAGAGAAGAAUGGAAAGCAAUGCGAUUUAACAGGUCAAAAAGCCUUGCUCUUCAUGUAAUGUACACCAAGUCAAUAAGUUCUGAAAAUGAAGACGGAGAGAACGGAAACAUUAAAACAGACAUCACAUUUUCAGACAGAUCACUCAGUGAAGGAAGUGUUAAACAACCUUUGAGUCCAGAACUUGACGAACAUCAGUUACUGUCUCUUUCCAACUUUGAUAUUACUCCAACGGAAACAAGAAAUUCCUGUGAUAUCAUCAAUGGUAACUGUCAGCAAAGGAAUACAGAAAUUCUAAAAUGUGGCAUGGAAGAACAGGAUCAACUCUAUAUGCAUUUAAAAGCAAGUAUUGACGAAGUGAAGGCAUUUUAUUCUGAAAUGGUAAAGAGAAUCCCUGUCCCCGAUCAAUGUAUUAUUGAAGAUUCCGUUCGGAGGUGUGUAGCUAAAUUGCUCUUCAGUUGCCCACAUAAAGGGUUUUACUGCCUAUACAGCAAAUCCAGUUUUACCCUCAAUAGUGAACAGCCCCAGCUCUGGAUCUACAUUAUGUUCCUAUUCCAACAGAGCUGUUCAGCAAAUCCUUUGUCCUCCCAGGACGAAUCAGUACAAAUUCUUAAAGCACUUUGGGAGAAGACACAGCUGAAGGGCACACACAGCUUUGAAACUGCAAUGAUUCAGACAAUUCAUUAUAAAAAGGAUCUGGACAGUUUGCAGAGGCAUCUUGAGGACGUAAGGUUUUUUGACUUGUUUGGUUAUAGUGAGGAAGCAGGAGUCUGGCAGUGCUUCAUGUGCAACAAUCCUGAAAAGGCAACAGUUGUAAACCAGGAUGGUCAACCACUCAUUGAAGGCAAGCUCAAAGAAAAGCAAGUGAGAUGGAAAUUCAUAAAGAGAUGGAAGACGCGUUAUUUCACAUUGGCUGGGAAUCAGCUUCUGUUUAGCAAAGGAAAAUCAAAAGAUGAUCCAGAUGAAUGUCCAAUUGAACUCAGCAAGGUACAAAGUGUAAAGAUUAUCACUAAAAAGCGGAGAGACCGUAGCCUUCCUAGAGCCUUUGAAAUCUUCACAGACAACAAGACAUAUGUCUUCAAAGCAAAGGAUGAGAAGAAUGCUGAGGAGUGGUUACAGUGUAUCAAUGUUGCAGUGGCUCAGGCAAAACAAAGAGAAAGCAGAGAGGCAACAACAUACCUAUGAACAGACCUGAGAUAAAUUAGACAGAGGAUGAGCUGGCAACAAAAUAACUAUCAAGAUGAAUUAUUACUUCAGCCUUGCAGUCAUAUUUUGAUGUAGAACAUCUGAAUCGUAAAGCGAGAGAUAGCAUUAGUAUUAGCAUGGGACAAAACCUGGAACUAUGUUCUGUGUAAGUAAACUGUAAAACCAGUGACAUAGGAUCUGUCCAAUCAGCAUUACUAAUUGAAAUGUCAAAGAAAAAGUCUGGAAAAUGCCGUCAUGAUUUAAGUAAAUAGAAAAACAGGAGUUAAAGUGCAUGCCUUUACAAAAGCUUGACUUUUUGUGAUUACUGAACACAAAAUGUGUACACAACACUACAGAAACAUAGAAACUAGGAGCAGGAGUAGACCAUUUGGCCUUACAAACCUCCUGCACCAUUCAAUAUAACCAUGACUGAUCAUGUAACUCAGUAACCAUUUUCUCCCCAUGCCUUUUGUUGCCUUUAGUCCUAAGAACACUUCUGAGGAAGGGUCACCGGACCAGAAACAUUAACUCUGAUUUUUCUUCACAGACCUGCUGAGCUUUUCCAGCAACUUGGGUUUUUAUUCCUGAUUUACAGCAUCCGCAGUUCUUUCAGCUUUUAUUUUGAUAGUCCUAACUGAUCCAGUCGCUCUUCAUUUGUAUAUCCUGCCAUCCUAACGAUCAUUCCGGUAAACCUUUGUUAUACUCUCUGCCUAGCUAGAACAUCCUUCCACAGAUAAACACACAAAAUCACAAUUCUUCAGGUUUCAUCUCACCAAGGCUCUUUGCAGCUGCAACAAGACACCCCUGUUCAUGUACUCAAACCCUCUUGCUGUGAAGGCAAACGUAUCAUGUAACUUUUUCAUCACCUGCUGAACCUAAAUGCUUAAUUUCAGUGACUGGUGUGCAAGGACACCCAGGUCUCGUUGCAUGUCUUCCUUUCCCAAAUUAUCGCCAUUCAGAGAAUAAUCUGCUCUUUUGUUUUUGCUACCAAAAUGGGUAGAUUCACGUUUUUCCAAGUUAUACUAAAUCUGCUAUGUAUUUGUCCACUCAAUGACCUCGGGUAUGGAUGGCUUCAAGUUCAACUCCAGUUAGGCUGGUCCAAUAAUCAUAAAGACCAUUGAUGCUCAUUCUGAAUUUAUACAUGAGGAAGAAACCUCAGGUGAUGGAAGGAAAUGAUGAAUAAUUGUAGAAGAAUAGACAAUGGAAAAACAUACAGAAAUUGCAGCCAGUUUAGUUUUCUUUUGUAACAAACAAAAACAUUCCUUUGCCCGUUGUGGAUUUGUCAAAUAAAAUAAGUCCUUUUUCUCAGAUUUCUCAAUCCAGAAUAAAAUUUCACUUUGUAGAAUAAUAAAUACUAUGAUGUUGUGUGCUAAAUAAUAGAUAUGAUACUCAGUUUGUUUUGGAUCCCAGAAUUAGUGAUAGUUUCCCAAACUUGCACAAGGUUCCUUUUAUAUUUCUGGAAUUCAUCUAUGUUUUAUAACAUAAACUAAUCAAUUUUUCACUGCAAUCCACUAGUGUAAAUAGAUUCAUCUCAAAAUGGAUUACAGGUGACCUGAAGAAAUCUUUGGUUAACAAAGGUUGAAAUGUAAAAUGGCAUGGCUAGUAUCCAAUGUCACAAGAGUUACUUUAUUUGAAAUAAUCAGCGAUCAGUGAAAUUAAGUUCCAGAAAAAAAUGGGUGAUGAAGAAUGUUUAUGAUAUAUUAAUCUUUUAUAUAUUCUACCUUGAUCUUAUUCAAUUUUGUUGUAGAAAUUUAUCAUUAGCUGACAGGUACAGAAAGUUAUGUGAACCUUGGAUGACCAAGGAUGUUAUGACCUUGUUCAAAAAGAUAAAGGAAGCAUACAUCUAGGAGGAUGGGAACUGACAAAGCCCUUGAAGUAUUUAAGGAAAGUAGGAAUGAACAUAAAUGAGAAAUUAAAACAUAAGUUGCUGGGAAAACUCAGCAGAUCUAGCAGCACCUGUGAAGACAAAUCAGAGUUAAUGUUUCAGGUCCAGUGACCCUUCCUCAGAACUGAUCGUAGCUUGGAAAAUGUCGAUUUAUAUGCAGAAGACAGGAUGGGAGGAGGAGGAAACAAUAGGUGGGGAUAGAGCCCAAAGAGAGAGAAGAGCAGUUGGAUAGACAAAGGAGUUGAUAACAAUCUGGCUGGGAGGGUAAAUGGUUGUUAAUAGGGACUGUUAGUGACUAACAAUAGGUAAUGUGUAAUGGCAGACUAUAUGAUUCCAAGUGUGGGGUGAGGGCUGGGACAUGGGAGAGUGAAGGCCCUAAAAUUAUUGAGCUUGAUAUCGAGGUUGGAGGGCUGCAGAGUCCCCAGGUGGAAAGUGAGGUGUUGUUCUUCCAUCUUGUGCUAAGCUUCGCUAAAACACAACAGCAUGUCUGUAAAGGAGAUGAUAGCCAGGGAACAGGGUGGUGUGUUAAAAUGGCAGGCGUUACACCUUCAGUUGCAGGGGAAGAUGCCCCGGGGCAGUGUGGAGGUUGUUGGGAGUGAAGGAAGUGUGGACCAGGGUGUCCCAGAGGGAACAGUCCCUGCAGAAAACGGACAAGGGAGGGGAAGGGAAUAUGUAUAUGAUGAUGGCCUCACACUGGAGGUGGAGGAAAUAGCGUCUGAUGAUCCUCUGAAGAUGGAUGCUGAUGGGAUGAUAAGUGAGGCCCAGGGGAAUCCUAUCGCUGUUGUGGGAGGGAAUGGGGUGAGGGCAGAAGGGCAGGAGAUGGGAUCAGAUCUGGUUGACGGCCAUGCCAACAACAGUGCUCAGGAAUCCUUAGUUGAGGAAGAAGGUGGACAUUUCAGAGACCACCUCUCUCAGUUUUUAUUAAGCAAUGAAUUAGAAGGGUUAAAAGGGGCCAUGAAAAGUCAUUAGCGAACAAGAUUAAGGAGAAUCCGAAGGCUUUUUAUACAUGGCCCACUCAAGGACAAAGGAGGGAAUCUAUGUGUGGAGCCAGAAGAGGUAGGUGAGGUUGUUUCAUCAUCAUGCUAGGUAACAUCAUCAGUCCACCUCCGAUCAAAUUCCAAUAGGUAGGUGUGGUCUUAAAUGAAUACUUUUUGUAACAGUAUUCACCAAAGAGAAGGAAUUGGUGGAGGAUGAUCUCAGGGGAAGGUGUGUCAAAUCUCUAAGCCAAGUUGCUAUUAGAAAGGAAGAGAUGUUGUGCAUCUUAAAAGGAAAUAAAAUAGAUAAAUCCCCAGGUCCUGAUGGAGUCUAUCCCAGAAUAUUGAGGGAGGCAAGAGAAUAAAUUGCUGGAAUAAAAACCAAAAGAACUGCUGAUGCUGUAAAUCAGGAACAAAACAAAGUUGCUGGAGAAGCUCAGCAGGUCUGGCAGCAUCUGUGAAGAGAAAAGCAGUGUUAAUGUUUUGGGUCUGAUGACUGUUCCUCAGAACUGCAAAUUGCUGGAUUUCUUUGUAUCCUCUUUGGCCACAAAUGAGGUCCCAGAGGACUGGAGAAUAGAUAAUGCUGUCCUAUUGUUUAAGAAGGGUAGCACAGACAAUGCAGAAAACUACAGUUCUCAACCUUAAUGUUAGUGAUAGGAAAAUUAUUGGAAAAGAUUCACAGGGGCAAGCAUUUAGAAGCAAAUGGACUAAUUAGUGAUAAACAGCAUGGUUUUGUGCACGGGAGGUUGUGCCCUAGUAACUUGAUCGAGUUUUUUGAGGAGGUGAUGAAGAUGAUUGAUGAGGGAAGAGCCUUUGAUGUGGUCUACAUGGACUUUCAUCAAGCCUUUGACAAGGUCCUUCAUAGCAGAUUGGUACAAAAGGUGAAGUUGCACGGUAUCGGGGUGAGCUGGAUGAUGGGCACAGAACUGGCUUAGUCAUAGGUGACAGAGAAUAGAUGUGGGGGGAUGCUUUUCACAAUAGAGGGCUGUGACUAGCAGAGCUCCACAUGAAUCAAGGCUGGGACCUCUGCUGUUCAUGAUCUACAUAAAUGAGGGGUGACCUGAUAGAAGUUUAUACAGUUGUGAAUGGCAUGGAUAGAGUUGAAACUAUGAGGCUUUUUCCCAAGGUAGAGGGAUCAAUUACUAGGAGAUACAAGUUCAAGGCACAAGGGGGUAAAUUUAAAUGAGAUGUACAAGGCACAUUUUUCACACAAAUGGUGGUGAAUGCCUGGAAUACACUGCCAGAGGAAGUGGUGAAAGCUGACACAAUAGCAGGAUUCAAGAAGCACCUGGAAGAAUACAUGAAUAGGAAGGGACUAGAGGGAUACAGAUCCUGUAAGUGAAGACAGUUUUAAUAUGGAAGGGCAAUAUGUGUUGGUGUAGGCUUUGAAGGGUGUGUUCCUGUGCCGUAUUGUUCUUUGUUCUUUUAAAAUUCAACUUUCUUUAUGAGACUUUCUAGCUUAGUACCUGCUAAAUAUUUCUAUUUAACAAUAACUACUGUUACAGUAACUAUUCCUUGAUUGGUUAGUUUGAUCUUGAUGUUUUACUACAUCUGUGAACGUUGAUUCGGAGAAAACAAAGGAAACUUAUUGCAUCUCAAUGAUAUUGACCAAAAGAUUUAUGAGACCUUCCUGAUCCUCCACUGUAGAUUUACCAGAUGUUCUGGAUUUUUCCCACUGUAGAUUGACCAGAUGUGCCUCAAACCCCACUGUAGAUUUAGUAGAUCUUCCUGAUCGACCUGAAGGUCAGUGAAUCUCCCAUUAAUACAUGUGAACAGGGUCCAGCUGCAUAUCUGAGCUAGGCUACAGCAACCCCAAGGAAUUUCCCCAACAACUUCAGCUCAGUUUAUUCGAUGAUCCACGAUUCACAAAUUUGUGAAUUGAUGACUCACUAAAGAGUUAUUCAGAUAAUUUGUGUUGCCACUUGAGGACUGAAACAUGAUUUUCUACAUAAGUUAUUGAAAUGAGGUCUGCUGCUCACAUGGGUUCAAAUUUGAAGAAGUCUGAAUUCUGAAAUAUGACAAUAUUAUGUUCAAAAAGGCGAAGACAUCCAAGCAAAUCUCAUGAUUGGUCCAAUAAUUUCUUGUUGGUAGCUUUUAUUCCAUGUAAGUUGGCCACAACAGAUGUGAUGCACUUCAAAAUAAUACACUGGUUACAAAAUGAUUUGGGGCAAUGUGAAGUUAUGAUAAAGUAAUAGAUAAGUUCUAACAAAAAGGGUUCCCUUCUAUAAAUAAUAGAAUUUAUUAGAUUAAAUAAUAGCUUCUCAACGGCUUAUAGUACACAAUCUAAGGAGAGAAGAGUAUGGUUAUGUACAGUUCACAUAUGCUUUUCUACAAGUAAUAUUGCAAUUAUAUUUCUGUCAAGAGAGUUGAUGUGAUGCCAUUGUUGCAGUCAAUGCUAGUCUUUGAUAUGCUGAAACAGGUUUUUUCUUUCUAGUUCCUGAUAGUUUACCAGUAUUCUCUUAGCUACAGCAAAACAAGAUCUUUAUGAAUGAAGUAGAGGUCAACAGCCAAAGUUAGAAUGUAAGUUUGUACUUUGGUGUCUGAUUCAGUUUCAUUAAAUAGCAUAAGUAACGCUGAUAUUUCCCAGGAACUCAAUACCCUCUGGAACUGCUAAUAAUAUUUAUUAAAAAAUAUUUCAGCCUAAACCAUAAGAAGCUGAACAUCACCUGAUAUAAAACUACUGGGACAUCUUGGGUAAUUUUAUUACUUUAUGAUUGUAAAAACUUUAUUAUAAAGUUAUUAAUA